AUGGACCCAGUGUCUGCAUGGAUUCUUGGCCGAAGGGUGAUCCCCUCCUCGUCGCUUGGACGAGAGCGCUCCCUGUUCGGAUGGGCUGAUCUGCCGCAACCGCCCUUCCAGAAACUCAGCGGAGGAUCACCUUACCUCGAGGCAAGAGACGCGUUCUGGAUGGCUGCCCGGCACUCUACGCGUGCUGUUGAUGUCGCCUCCCAUCGCCCGAGGACGUCGCCACCCGCUGAAGCCCAUUGGGCAGCGACAGCGGCCAAGGAGGUCGAUGACCCCUGGCACGACAGAGAGGUGAGCGAGCGACCGUGA